AAAAAAGUUACAGAAAUUUCUGAUAACCACAAGCUCUAAAGGGUGGUUUCUGACUUCUCUGCAAGACAAAGUCAUCCUAGGAACUGCAUCUGAAUCCACAGGAAAUGCAACACAGCCAGAGCCUUGACAGGUAAAUUAUGGAUUGCUGGAAGGAAGCCGUAAGCCACAGCUGGAUUUAUCCCACGGUGAUCAUCUGCGCAAAUGGAUUUUUCACCACAAUGAGGCCAUCAGAAUCUUUUCUCACCCCCUAUCUAACAGGACCAGACAAAAACCUAACAACUGAAGAGGUUACCAACCAGAUUCUGCCAGUGUGGACAUACUCCUACCUCGCUCUCCUUUUCCCAGUGUUCCUGCUCACAGACUACGUGCGCUACAAGCCCGUCCUCCUCCUGCAGGGCAUCAGCCUCAUCGUCACGUGGCUCCUGCUGCUCUUUGCACAUGGAGUGCUGGCCAUGCAGCUGGUGGAAUUCUUCUACGGCAUGGUCACAGCCACCGAGGUGGCCUAUUACGCCUACAUCUACAGCGUGGUCAGCACCCAACACUACCAGAGGGUCACCAGCUACUGCAGGAGCGUCACUCUGGUGGCAGCCACCGUGGCCGCCGUGCUGGGGCAGCUGCUGGUGUCCUUAGCGGAUGUGUCCUACUUCUACCUCAACGCCAUCAGCUUGGCUUCCGUGUCCCUGGCGUUCCUGUGCGCCUUCUUCCUGCCCAUGCCCCAGAGGAGCAUGUUCUUCCACAGGAAAGAUGCCCCUGAGCCUGUGCCAGGGCCUGCCAAAGGGCCGGCUGUGAGCGCUGCCCGCAGGCCCUCGAGCUGCCAAGAGGAAAGGAGCCCCGAUCCUGCUGCCAGGGCCCCGGGCCCCCAGCCCCGGGCUGGCAAUGCCGGGCCCCUCAGGCACACGCUGAGCGUGCUGCUGCGGCUGGGCAGGGACCUGAGGGAUUGCUACGGCUCCCGCCAGCUCCUCUACUGGUCCCUGUGGUGGGCUCUGGCCACGGCCGGCUUUAACCAGGUGGUGAAUUAUGUCCAGGUGCUGUGGGACUUCCGGGCCCCCUCGCACAGCUCCGCAGUGUACAACGGAGCUGUCGAGGCAAUAGCAACGUUUUUGGGUUCAGCAACAUCCAUGGCAGUUGGAUAUGUUAAAGUAAACUGGGAUCUCUCUGGAGAAUUGGCUUUGGGAAUUUUCUCUGCACUGGAUGCUGGUUCUCUGCUUCUUAUGCACUUCACUGACAACAUCUGGGCAUGUUAUGCUGGUUACCUUGCAUUUAAAGCUUGCUAUAUGCUCCUUAUAACAAUAGCAACGUUUCAGAUUGCUGUCAACCUCAGCAUGGAGCGUUAUGCUUUGAUGUUUGGCCUCAACAACUUUGUUGCACUGGUGAUUCAGACGAUUUUAACUGUUGUUGUAGUAGAUUCAAGAGGUCUGAGACUGGAUAUCAGCACUCAGUUUCUCAUUUAUGGCAGCUACUUCACAGUCAUAACUGGAAUUUUCCUGAUCAGAAGCAUGUACACCAUAAUUUCCAUCAAAUGCAGAAAUACAAGGGUGGCUGCUGAAAGCACUGCCCCUUAACAACCGAGACAAAAGCAAUGGUUACAAGCAACAAUGCAGAAGGCUCCAUCACCUGGACAACAAAUCAGGAGAAAUAUAAUGUUCAAUCAAGCAAAUCUGGUCCAGGUUGAAGCAAGCUGUUUAUGAGCCUACUGCACAGAGAGCUUUGUCAACAGGAUGAUGCAUUUGCUCCAUUUUCUUCACCAGCAGUUUAAUACAAACAUUCCUCAAACAGUCUUCUAAUUCAAGUUUAGUGAUCUGACAUACAAACUUCUAUUAAGGCUCAGUGAGCACAAGGACAUACAAAUGCUUGAACCUCACACCAAAGGAACUCACAGAACAACCUUGGGACUUUCCCUUCUACUGAGUAUUUCAAUUUAAGGCAAUUUAUUUACUGACACAAGACAGACAUGCCCAGGGAAUCUAAAGCAGCUGAACAAUACAAUGACCUGUCAGAAAAUUUGUCACAGAGGCCUUUGGACAUCUUAAAACUUUUUCAACUGGACAUCGCAUCUUACAGAACUCAGGAUGGUCCUGCAAGUGUAACAUCUUCUCACACUUGUAACAGCUGAUGUUUAGGACUGAAGUUUAAUCUAGGAGGUCUCCAUAUUAAUUUCUGUAUAAGGGGCUUAAAGUUAUCAAGUGAAGUGCUUUGAUGCUAAAGCAUAAAAAUACAGCUUUUAGGCAGGUAUGCUAUUUGCAUGAACAAUUGAGGGAACAACUGCAGAGAUUUCCAUGAUAAAAACAUUUAAAAUCAGGGGUGAAAAAUUCAUUUUGUAAAUAAAGCUAUUUUAAAACCUAA